CAUACAGAAACUGUCAUGUCACAAAAUUUUAUUUUUACACGAUCCAUUUAGGUAAUUUUAUUGUAAACUUUUAAUGUUUUCCUGGAUUAUAUUAUCGAGAUGAAAUUUUAGUAGUUUGUACAACUAUUUAAAUGAAAUUAGUAACAGAUAUUUGACCAGAGAUGUGCCAGUAGUAACACAUAUUUGACCAAAAUGUCUACGAAAAAUCCGAAAGUAAUUCAGAAUACCGCUGAGCAGCAGGAAGAAAAUUUGGCUAAAUUAGUUAUGAGUACGUUCUACAAGUUGUCAGAAAAUAAAAAUGGGACCACUUCUGAAGAAAUUGCCAAAUACCUACGCGAGAAUUUCGGCGACAUAUGGCGAACGAGCGUGCUCGUAACUAAAGCUGAGCAAACAUUAUCGCGAAGCGCAGCGCUGGGCUUCUUGGAGCAGCUGGGCAAGCGUUACGCCGUGUCGAUCGCACGUGGCGCUUGUUGCAGUCGGCAGCGACGUGGUCGUCGAGUCUGCGGCUGUCCCAAACGCCGACGCAUGCGCAGUUGCGGCAGAAAACGGCGUCAGCGCAGCUGUAAGUGCAAGCGCCGCCGUCGCCGCAGACGUAGACGUCGCAGUUGCUAGUGACUAGUCAAUAAAAUGUAAAGUGCGUACAUGAAUUAA